AUGCCCGUUGGCGGCACCUCCACCUACUUCGACACGGCCGCCCUCGCUGACGGUUCAGCCCCCGCCGUCGCCAACAGUUCCAAUUUCUUCAACGCCACCGUUGCCGCAAACCACAAAGAAGGCGCCGAAGAGCUCGCCCUCCUCAAAUACGUCUACGCACGACCGGACCUCGCCCAGCUCCGCGGCGACCCCGACGCCGUGUGCAACGCCAUCGACGACUUCGCCGCCACCAUCCCGCGCGGGCUGAUGACCAUUGGCGCCGACAAACGCGCCUUCAUCACCCGCCUCCUCGCCGGCAACGACAGCGACGCCGGGCCUGCCCCGACCACCUUCCUCGAGUUUGGCUCCUACGUUGGGUACUCAGCCAUCUGCCUCGCCAGCGCCAUGGCCAAGCGGGCAGCCGGCACCGGCCGCCGCGUGCGGUACCUCUCGUUCGAGAAGAACCCCAUCAUCGCGGCCGUCGCGGCGAGCCUGUGCGACCUGGCUGGCCUGCGGGACGUCGUGUCCAUCAGCGUGGGCAGCGCGGGGGAGUCGCUGGGGAGGUUGGUGAAGGAGGGCGUGGUGGGCAAGGGGGAGGUCGACUUCGUGCUGCUGGAUCACUGGAAGGACUUUUACAUUGACGACUUGCAGAUCUGCGAGAAAGAGUCGCUGUUGAGGCCUGGGUCGGUCGUGCUGGCUGAUAACAUCGUGUUUCCUGGCGCACCUGAGUACUUGGCUUAUGCGCAGAGGGGUAGGGCGGAGAAGUCUCCGGAGGGGUAUGCGUAUGUGACUGAGACGGCGGAUUUUGUGCUGCCGUUUGGUGGUCCGGACCAAUUGGCUAUUUCCACCGUGGCGUAA